AUGUCUAAAACAAUUCCGCGCUCCGCUGCUAUCGCCCUACGUGUCGUGCAGGUUGCCUCUGCUACUAUAGUCGCUGGCAUCGUUGGUUACUUUUUAAAUGCCCUUCAAGGCGGCGGAGACGCCUGGCCUAUUGGCCGGUGGAUCUACGUCCAAGUUGUUGCCGGUCUGUCGAUUGUGCUUGGCUGUGUGUUGAUAAUUCCUAAUUUACAUGGGUGUUUUGUCUGGCCAGUCGACAUUAUUAUCAGCCUAGCAUGGUUCGCUGGUUUCGGAAAUCUUAUCAAUGACCUUGACGGUAUUUUAUGCGGACAAAUCAAUUCUAUUGGAAGUGUGAGUGGCACGAAUGCCAUUUGCUCUCAGUGGAAGGCCGGGGAAUCAUUUGCAUUUAUAUCUGCAAUGGUUUGGCUUGUCACUGGGUUUUGGGGGUUGUUCUAUGUGUGGCGUGCUGAUCAGCAACGUCUUGGGUACUGGACUGGACGAUACGAUGUCUAA